GUGAGUUGAGUUGAGCUGCUUUUGCCCAAUAUCUGGUGAUUCACUGCUGUUGAGAGGAGAAAUGGCACAGAGACUAAAUCAGCUGGAUUCAGAGAAAUUCUCUUGUUCAAUCUGUUUGGAGCUACUGCAAAAUCCAGUGACUAUUCCCUGUGGACACAGCUACUGCUUGAACUGCAUUAAAACCCACUUUGAUGAAGAGGACAGGAAGCAAAUCCACACCUGCCCUCAGUGCAGGAAGACUUUCACACCAAGGCCUAUCCUGGAGAAAAACAUCUUGUUAGCAGAGCUGGUGGAAGACCUGAAUAAAACUGGACCCCAGGCUGUUCUGGCUGAUCACUGCUAUGCUGGACCUGAAGACGUGUCAUGUGAUGUCUGUACUGGGACUAAGCUGAAAGCCAGCAAAACCUGUCUGGUCUGUUUAGUUUCUUACUGCAGGAAACACCUACAACCUCACCACGAUGUUAUCCAGCUAAGUAAGCACACACUUGCUGGGCCAUUCAAGAAGCUCCAAGGGAACAUCUGUUUUCGCCAUAAUGAGGUGAUGAAGAUUUUUUGUCGUACUGAUCAGCAGACUGUCUGCUAUCUCUGCUUGCUGGAUGAACAUAAAGGCCAUGAAACAGUCCCAGCUGCAACAGAAAGGACAGAGAAACAAAAAGAGCUCGAGGUGAGACGACUAAAAAUCCAGCAGAGUAUCCAGAACAGAGAGAAAGAUGUCAAGCUGCUUCAGCAACAGGUAGAGGCCAUCAUUAGCUCUGCUGAUAAAACAGUGGUGGACAGUGAGAAGAUGUUCACUGAACUGAUUCAUCUCAUUCAGAAAAGAAGCUCUGAUGUGAAGCAGCAGGUCAGAUCCAAGCAGGAAACUGAAGUGAAUCGAGUCAAAGAGGUUCUGGAAAAACUGGAGAAAGAGAUUGCUGAGCUAAAGAGGAAAGAUGCAGAACUGGAGCAGCUCUCACACACUGAGGAUCACAACCAGUUUCUACACAACUACCCCUCACUGUCAACACUCACUGAUUCUACACCCUCAUCCAGUAUCAGCAUCUGUCCUCAGAGGUACUUUGAGAAUGUGACAGCAGCUCUUUCAGAGGCCAGAGAUAAACUACAGGAAUUUCUGAGAGAGAAAUGGACAAAUUCCUCACUAAAAGUCACUGAAAAGGAUGCUCUGCUCUCACUACCUGAGCCAAAGACCAGGGCUGGAUUCUUAAAAUACUCCAGUGAAAUCACGCUGGAUCCAAACACUGCAUUUCCACAUAUGUUAUUAUCUGAGGGCAAUAGAAAAGCAACAAGAGUGAAACAAAAACAGGCUUAUUUUCAUCAUCCAGACAGAUUCACUGUAUGGGAGCAGGUCCUGAGUAGAGAGAGUCUGACUGGACGUUGCUACUGGGAGGUGGAGUGGAGAGGGGGAGGAGUCGGUGUAGCAGUUGCAUACAAGAAUAUCAGAAGAACAGGAAAGUCAUAUGAAUGUUUAUUUGGUUUCAAUGACAAAUCAUGGGCAUUAUGUUGUGACACAAACAGUUAUGUAUUUUGGCACAACAAUGUACAAACUAAGCUCUCAGGUCCUCGGUCCUUCAGAGUAGGGGUCUACCUGGAUCACAGUGCAGGUAUUCUGUCAUUCUACAGCAUCUCUGAAACCAUGACCCUCCUCCACAGAAUCCAGACCACAUUCACUCAGCCUCUCUCUGUUGGACUUUGGCUUUGGGUAGAUGGAGUCACUGCAGAGUUGAUUCAAAUCAAAUAGAUGGACAAGCCAAGUUCAUUUCAAUCCCCGAUCAUUAUGUAUACCUCUAAAAGAGGCUUUUUCUGAAGCAUUCAGUGGUCAACAGAUAUCUGAGAAUAAUUUUGCAGUGAUUACAACUGUACUUAUAUUUAUAUAAAUAUAAAUCAGAAUUUUUUAUUAUAGCUAACAUGAGUUAAUGUGAGUUUAAAUUAUGCUACUUUUUAUAUUCAGCAUAUUUUAAAUCAUUAAUCUGUCUAGUUUAGUCUGGUUAGUGGUUUUAUUCUGUUUAAUUCUGUGGCUGUCCAGGUUAAGUGCAAAACAUGCAUUGGAGCUGUAAAGAUUCAUCUGUUAGUGAAUGAUUAGACAUUUUGUUUUAUCAUUAUUUUACUCAUAUAUACAUAUUUCUGAUUUCUAAAGUGUAGAAAUUAAUUUUCCUUUUUAUAUAUGAUUGUAAACUUAAUGUCAUUGUGGCUUCAACUUUUAAAAUGUAACCAAAAUUUGGAUCCUGAAGUUGUUUGAGGUUAUAAUGAUAAUUAUAUUAUAAUGACAAUUA